UUCAAUCAAACUAUUAUAGUUAGAUUAAUAAAGAAUUAAAUCAGUUAAAUCGGGCAAUACUCUGACAGUGGAGUCCUGUUUGAGAGGGCGUCUCAGUUGAACGUUGGAGCAAAAUCAGCUGUCCACCUAACAACAACGUUAUCUCUUGAUUUCGAGGUCAUCCGUGUUGAUUGUAAACUGGAAAUGGGCUGUUUACGUUUGACGUAGCUGGCGAUCAAAAGACGGACGGAUUGAAAAUUCGAUACCCCAGCAUCUUUUGAUGUUACCCCUCGAUGUUUUACGGUUCGCAGGAAAGCACAUUCCCAGUCGUCCGUAUAUCGACGUGGCGCGAAUAACUCACACGAUGAAUUUAUUAUAACACGUUAGCAACAAGGGAAAAAAGUUAAAAUGUGGGUGAAACCGGAGGAAGUGCUCAUCGCUACUGCCAUGUGGGACACAGAACAAAACAGCCUUUAUUUUUCUAUGCAAAAGAGAAAAGGCCAUGGUGAUAAGUCGACGUUAACCUCCAUAUUAGUCGGGACGCUGGAUAACAUAUUUGACACCAAGCCGGCACCUUACAGAAUACUGCACCAAACUCCAAAUUCUGAAGUUUAUUAUGUCAUUGCCUGUUCGAUAUCACACAAAGAGAUUGAAGACCAUUGGACUUGGCUUCAGCAGAACCUAGAUUGUCUUAACCAGUUUGAUAAGGAGGAAGAUGUGACUCAGUACGUCUGCACUAAAAUUGAGUCAAUGGUAUCGUCCGCUUCAAACAUCCCGCAGAUGAAUUGUGACGAUGAGCGCACAAAAAAGUGCAGGCAAAUUUUUAAAUUGCCUUCAAACGACCGAUUUGUCAGCUACUAUUCAUGCAGUUAUUGGUACAAAAAGGUCCCUCUCCAUGGUUGGCUCUACCUGACGAUGCAACAUAUAUGCUUUUAUGCUUAUAUGUUCGGUGUGGAGAAACAGUUCGUUGUGCCAUGGAGCGAGGUGACAAAGUUGGAGAAGACGGCUCGUCUCUUUUCCCUUGCGUCAAUUUGUGUCUACACGAGACAUAAGAAAUUCUAUUUUUCCAUGUUUGUCAACAUAAAUGACACAUACAAACUAAUGCAGCAGCUUGUUAAUCUGGCAAUGAAACAAUUAAUGGAUGAUAAAAUGGAGUUCACUGAAGACAAAGAACUUCUGAAUAAACUGAGCAAAAAUGUGAGCAAAAAGCAGACAUUCUUGAAAAGGGAUUUGGAUGCGAGAGCUCUCUCUGCGUCGUAUAGAUUACAAUUCCGUUUACCUCUUGCUGAGAAGGUAGAUGGUAGAACUGAUGGUACUCUGUGGACCCCUUACAAUAAAAAGCAUGUCUGGGGAUUCAUUUAUGUUUCACAAAAUUACAUUUGCUUUGACAGCAGGGUGAAAGACCUAGUGCAAGUUGUCAUCCCUCUCAGAGACAUUUACCAUAUAGAAAAAUGUGACAAAAGGAGUUCAUUGUCAAAUGUUACUGAUUCCAUUUUGAUAACGACGAAGACACUGUCGAGGCCUUCUUUUCUCUUUUCACAAAUCAGCGAUAGAGACUUCUUAAUUGAGAAAAUAGAAGAACUUCGUUCUAAACUGAAAGACCCCAGUGAUUCUGAAUCUGCAGUUGAUGAUACUUCCAAAGAAAAAUGGGAGUGCACCAAGCCAAUGAGGAUCCUUUUCAAAAAGGAUAUGCCAAAAGAGGUCAAGGCCCAGGAAGAAGUCAAAAUAAAGCAAUGGGAGAUGCACUUUGAACAAUUCGGUCGAGGUAUAUCCAUGUACAAAACGACUGACAUAAUGAAGUUGCUCCUACGUGGAAUCCCUGAUGCCAUGCGAAGGGAACUUUGGAUGAAUUUUUCAGGAGCUUGGAAUGAAAUGUGCAAUGAUAGGUCAGCGUAUAGAAAGCUCGUAGCGAAAGGUUUGGGCAAGGCAUGCACGGCAAACGAUGAAAUUGAACGUGACCUCCAUCGUUCACUUCCUGAACACCCUGCGUUUCAGUGUGAUGUUGGUAUAAAUACCCUUCGCCGAAUCCUCACUGCGUAUGCAGCUCGGAACCCUCAAAUAGGAUAUUGCCAAGCUAUGAACAUAGUAACCUCAGUAAUGUUGAUAUACUGCGCAGAAGAAGAAGCGUUUUGGCUUCUUGUCUGCUUAUGCGAACAGCUUCUACCUGAUUAUUACAACACCAAAGUUGUCGGUGCUCUAGUUGAUCAAGAAGUCUUAGACGAUCUCGUCUCAGCCUACUUAUCACAUUUACACUCAUCUUUACAACUGUUUGGAAUGAUAAAAAUGAUAUCACUGUCUUGGUUCCUUACAAUAUUUUUAAGCGUUAUGCCUCAUACGAGUGCUGUGAAUAUUGUUGAUUGUUUUUUUUAUGAUGGGGCAAAAGUAAUUUUCCAAGUGGCUUUAACAAUUCUCGACCUUAAUCAAGAAGCGCUUCUUAAGUGCAAAGAUGAUGGCGAGGCUAUGGAAUUGUUCUCCAAAUACCUUGCUGGGGUUUUUAAUGAACAGGAUCCAAAAAAUACACCUGAGGGUGAUGUCAAAAAGAGUAUUUCCGUCCAGGCGUUGUUGCACGAAGCUUAUUCAAAAUAUUCAUGCAUUACUGCCAACGAAAUAGAAGCCUUGAGAAACAAGCACAGAACGCAAGUAGUUCAGGACUUAGAGGAUAAUUUAAGCUCGUCUGUCUUAAGAAGCCUGCUGCCUAAUGAUUUCUAUAGCGAGGCGCAAUUAUCAGACUUGAUUUCAUUUAUAAGGGAAGAGGUUGUGUCUAGAAGAAAGCCUGAAGAAAAAUAUGAUCCAUCGAAACCAUUUUAUGAAGCAUACAAAAUUGAUUUUGACUUGUUUAAGCUAUUAUUUGAAAAUUGUUCUACCUGGGGGAAGUGUUCUAAAUCCGAAGACUUGGGCGCACGAUUAUUCAGGCUUAUGGACGCUGAUAAUGACGGAUUGCUGAAUGUAAAAGAGGUGGUCACUUCUCUGGGAUUGACAUCAAGGGCGGAUUCUUCGGUUCGCCUGCGUCUUCUUUUUGUACUCCACCUGCCUCCGAUUUUACCCAUUGUCGAAACAAAACACGUUUACCUCCCAGAUGGAGCUGAAUUUGCCGCCGAGGCUACUGAAUUUUUUGAGGACGGAUCGUUCAGCAUCGGGUCAAGUUCGGCUGACUCAACACCGAUUUUAGAAACCGGGAGCAACCACUCAGCUGAAGAUCAAAUUGGCCAUACGGCAUCUUCAAGCAAUGACAUCUCUGACACUCGUCCUGUUGCGGGGCUGCAAGUCGAUCGUGAUCACACUGGGGAGGAUGCAUCAUGGGAAGUUUCUAGCGUGUCAUCUUUGAGAUUGGCCGCUACUACUCCUCCAAACAAAACCAACCCAAAACUUCUGCCAAAAAUGGGCAUGUCCCAUUUCAACAUGUUGAUCCUUUCUCUUGACGAUUUACUCCAACAGCCGAGUUCAUCUGAUACAAACACAACUUUCUACACGGAGCAUUAUUUUAAAAAUUUAGUCUCGUUGCUCAUCGAUUUGGGCGAGGUCGGAAGGAAAUUCUAUACGAGAAAAGAAGAGUUGGCGAGCAGUUUACAAUCCAGCUCUGAAAAAUGGAACGAAGACGAACCGCCUCCUGAUUUAAAUGGAAAUCCCGGGAAGGAAUCGGAAUGGGCACUCGCGGUAGAACAGUUUAUUGCAACUAUCCUCAUAAAUGAGGGAGUUGUGAACUUUUUCUCGAAAAAUAUCGAUUUAUGCCCUGGGCUGGCGAUACUGCGGAAAAGUAGAUUUUCAAAACCAUUAUACCUUGUAUAGUAGUUAACAGGUGGUUCGGCUGGCGGUUCUUCCGGAGGUGGUUCUUCCUCAGGAGUUUUCGGCUCUUCAGGAGGUUCUUCAUUUACCUCUCUCUCCGCUUCCACGGGAGCCGGAGCCUGGGAAACCUAAUUUAAUUCGUAUUUUGUUAAUAUAAAAUUAUAUAAAUAUAUUGUGACUAUCAUCUAAUAAACUAUACAACUGUAUUAUGUGGUAUAAAAUAAAUGUAAGCAUCGAGCAAAGAAUACUCAUUUUACACAGAUAUUUCUACAAACUAUUUUCUUGGGGGUUUUCAUUUACAAGAAAGGAAAUGUAAAUUCACUAAAACAUAAUUUGGUGAUUAUGUUGAAUACCUUACCUUGAAUAAGACUGCCUUUAAUAUUUGCUGCUUACAAUAAAAGAUUGCACCAUA